CCCCGCCAGCUGCUGCUCUACCUGUCCCUGGCCGAUCUCCUCUCUGCCCUUUCCUAUUUCUAUGGGGUGCUGCAGGACUUCGACGGGACCUCGUGGGACUGCGUGCUGCAGGGCGCCCUGUCCACCUUCGCCAACACCAGCUCUUUCUUCUGGACCAUGGCCAUCGCGCUCUACCUCUACGUCAGCCUCGUGAGGGGCUCGCCCACGGCUUGUGGAAUCAUGUGCUGCCUCCGCGUGCUCAGCUGGGGAGUCCCCCUCGGCAUUACGGUGGCCGCUGUCGCGCUGAAGAAGAUCGGUUAUGAUGCCUCCAAUGUGUCUGUGGGCUGGUGUUGGGUCAACUUGGAUGCAGAGGAUCGCCUCCUGUGGAUGUUGUUAACAGGGAAGGUCUGGGAGAUACUGGCCUACGUGACUUUGCCGGUGCUCUACCUUCUCAUCAAGAAGCACAUUAACAGAGCGCAUGCAGCACUCUCCGAGUAUCGCCCCAUUCUCUCGAGACCGCCUGCAUUGCAGCCCCGGACUUCCAUAGCAGAUAAGAAGUUGAUUCUCAUCCCCGUCAUCUUCAUCAUCCUCCGCAUCUGGAGCACAGUGCGAUUCAUCCUGACCCUCUGUAACUCCCCUGCAGUGCAAAAUUCAGUCCUGGUUGUCCUGCAUGGAAUUGGUAACACGUUCCAAGGAGGUGCCAACUGCAUCAUGUUUGUCCUCUGUACGCGCGUGGUCCGGACUCGGCUGUUUUCCUCCAUCUGCUGUUGCCACUCCGAGGAGUUGGACUGGCCUUCGCACAGAUCAAACAGCUCCUGGCAGCGCCCAGAACCCCCCAAGGACAAGGAUGUGCUGGGCCCCGAGCAGACGAAACCCCUGCUUUCCAGCACCUGA